UUUUUUCUCAUUAAUUCUCUCACUUUCUCUCCAACUUCCCAUCCAAGAAAUUAAAAAAAAAAAACAAAAAAACCCGUUCUUCUUUGCGCUUCUCCAGAGGCCUUUGAAUCAGAUUGCUUAUCCCCAGCCAUGAAGAAAUCCGGGCUCUUCGCUGCUUCGGUCGCUGCCGCAUCUGCUACUGCCAUCUCUGCUUCCUCUUCUCCUUCUUCCCCCAAUUUUGCUUGUAACUCCAAUUUUCAGUUUUCUAGCGAGGAUAAGAAAGAACAUGAAAGUUCUGCGAUCAAGAAAUCACCUUCAAAGGAUAAAUUUGCACCAAGGUUUGAUGGUUUAAGGUUCAUUGAGACUUUGAUCACUGCUCACAGGUGAAAAGCUUGGUUAACACAAGCUUCAAUUUUACCAGAUGAAGACUCUUUAUUAUUUGACCUUUUUGCCUUUGGUAGAUUCUCAAGAAGAGAGAGAUGAAUUGUAAUGUGUCAGGGUUUCUUAGUAUUAACUAUAUGAAAAGUCCCUUUUUGAUAUGCAGGACUUUCUUUUUUUUUUUUUUUUCCAUUUUGGAUAAAAAAGGAUGUACAUGAUUGAGGUUCUCUCCUCCUAAAUUGGUUGGUUAAUGCUCUGUUUAAAAAGGAAAAAAAGAUAAGGGAUGCCCAAGGUUGUGAAGGGUA